CCCUGCUGGACGUACUUCAGAUCCAGCCGGAAAACUACAUGAAGAUUAUAUACAAUCUUACCCGCGAUCUGACCCGCCUGGACGAUACGGAACUGCGCGUUCGGACGCAAAGCAACCUGGAGUUCUUACGCACCCAUCAAACACUCACCGAGUACGGUAUCUGCUACACCACCAACAGUUUUAUCUCGUCCAAUUUAACCGCAAGUCUGUUGUUGACCGGGAGGGAGCUACCGUUGGACGAUUUCUACUCGACGCGUACAGUGCACAAUGUUCGGUACGGGAACCUUUUCGACGGCGACAUCACGUACAGCUUUAUUGGCUUUGAGCCACCGAUUACGAUCUUUUAUCACAGCCCUUAUGAAACACUGAACAUCGCAAAGUAUCAACCACUGACGAACGAGGCACAUGAGUACGAAACGUUUUCUAUCGAAAUCGUCACCACGAAGGACUUUAAAGAGGAUACUACGAUCUCCCAACGGGGCUGCCGGUUUCAUUACGAGUCCAACCUGACGCACUAUUCCAUCUACACUAAGGGCAUCUGUCUGCAAGAGUGUCGCAUUCAGCUGGCCUACAAACUGUGCGGAUGUAUUCCUCAUUUCUAUCCUAAUCCUGAAGGACCAAGAGCAAAGAAGGUGUGCCACUACAAGCAGCUGAUAAAGUGUUUUCCGCGCUACCAGAAGCUGUUCCUCGAGUUCAAGCAGGACAUUAACGACAAAAAGGGUAUACCGUGCUACUGCGAGCAGAACUGUGUCGACUCGAAGGUUAUCAUCGAGCACAGACAGGUUCUGAAGCAAACGCAAAAGCUUAUCGGCAGCAUCGGUGGGCUGAUUGUUGUGAAGCGCUACCCUUUGGUACGGUUCAGCCGGCAGCUACUGUUUACCUUCACUGAUUUGUUGGUGAGCAAGUUUGCAAACAUGCUUACGAAUAAAACCUUCGCAGCUGUUUCGCUGGCACAACAUUAUGGGAGCUCUUUCUGCUUCAGGAUGGUCCACACACGGCGAGGCGAAUUAUAUAAUAAAUGCUACCGUCUGCUGGGUGUGAAUGAACAGUCCGACCAGAACACGGUCCGGCAGGCUUACCUGACGCUGGUGAAAAAGCUACACCCCGACAGUGGCCACCCGGAAGCGAGCGCGGAACGAUUCCAAGAAGUGGAUAGCGCCUUUCGCAUACUGCAGGAAAAGUUUGCCAAAGCGCGCCGUGGCAUCGUGGAGGACCUGCGCGAGGAGGUGAAGGUGUACGACAUCAAACACACUGCCCCGCAGCACCGCCAGUACCUGAGCUUCGAUGGGAUCGGGUACGGUACGCCCGCCCAGCGCCAAAAGCAAUACCAAACGGUGCGCGCCGCCAAAGCGCAGGAACGCGUGCUCGAACAUAGGCUCUCGAAGGCACAAGCGACUGAAACGGCUGUUAUGAAGAAGGGCGACUACUUUAAGAAGCACGAAAUCAAAACCAAGUACGGCUACGAUCGUGUUGUCGAGGAUCUGAUCCAGGAAGCGAUCUCGAGGGGAGAUUUCAGCAAUCUGUCCGGGUUUGGCAAACCCCUGCCCGACCAUCAGUCACAAAACCCGUACGUGGACUUUACCACGCACAAGAUGAACAAGAUCAUGCUCGACAAUGGGUUCACGCCCGAAUGGAUAACGCUGCACAAGGACAUACGGCAGGCGGUGGAUGCGCUAAAGGAAGAUUUGCGCCGACUGCGCGCCAAGCUAGGCCAUCUGCCGUUGAGCGUGCGCGAGGAGCAACAGUGGGAAAAGUGGCUCGAGCAGCAGCAGGAGGAGGUGACAAAGAUUAACAAAAUGAUCGAUAAAUUUAAUCUGAUCGUGCCGAUGAUGAACAAGCAGAUGGUUCAACUGAGUCUGGAGCGCGUGGGCAAUGAAGUGCUAGAGAAAGGGAAACACAGAGAAGAGAUGGUAGAAGACGAUAGGCAACCAACGGCGAAAACGACACAAACUGAUGCCACCAAUAGGUCAAGUGUUUUAGGUUUUAUUGGUUCCUUGUUUAGUUGA